AUGUCAGACAACCCUCCCACCACUUCAAAGUUCAAACCCCUUAAUAUAAAAACCAAACCCCUCUCUCUCUCUCUCUGUGUGUGUUCCACUCCAAAAGCAUUCUCUCCAAUGGAGCAACACCAAGUCCAAAGUCAACAAAAGGGCAAAUUGAAAGAGAGAGUUGCAGCAGCCAGUAGGAGGAAUAAGUUCGUCGGUGUACGGCAGCGGCCUUCGGGGAAAUGGGUUGCCGAGAUCAAAGACACGACACAGAAGAUAAGAAUGUGGCUUGGGACGUUCGAGACACCCGAGGAAGCCGCCAGAGCUUAUGAUGAAGCUGCUUGCCUUCUCCGGGGUUCAAAUACGCGGACCAAUUUUGCAACUCAUGUUCCAACCGAUUCUCGUCUCUCAUUAAAGAUUAGGAACCUGCUUGAUCAUAAGAAGAGUUUAAGGCAAGGGACUUGUAAUAAUACCAACUCCAGCAAAAUCACCAUUAAAGCAAGUACUGUUGUUAGCAGUAAUGGCACCAUCAAUCAUGCUGGUAGCACUGAUAGCUUUGUAUCCAGCACCGGGGAUGAUGGUUUUACAUGUAAUUCGAUCCAGAUGUUUGAUGGCACGUAUAGGCCGGAGUUGAGCAAUUUCGUCAGUGAACAUGAACCGGCCCCAUCGCAGUUCGGUCAAGACUGGCCUAUCACCACAGGGAUUGAUCAGAUUCCAUUUAGCCAAGGACUGGAGUUUCCACAAGAUGCUGGUCUAUUUUCUCAAGGAAUUGAUCAGGAGGUUCAAGAAUUUGAGCGCUUGAAGGUAGAAAGACAGAUAUCAGCAACUUUAUAUGCAAUGAAUGGGGUUAAUGAGUACCUUCAGAAUGAAUUUGAUCCAAAUGAUGCUAUUUGGGAUCUUCCUACACUUUGCCACUUGUUCUUCCAAAAAGCUGAUUCCAUCUUUCCACCAUGA